AUGAAUAUAUUAUUAUUUUUAAUUAUUUUAAUAAAAUUUGUUUAUUCACAAGAGGAUGUUGAUAAUAGAUGCAUUGAUUUUUCUUCAUACUGUCCUUCAUGGUAUAGUACAAUAACUUUUAUAUUAUCAGAUGACACAACUGAAGAUGAAUGGAAAAUAAUUAAAAGUAAGGCAAAUGAAGUUUAUAAAAAUUGUACCAUACAGGAGAUAAGUAUUAAUUUUUUUGCUAAAAAUGCUGUAAUGGGUCAAUGUUUUGGAGAAAAUGAUUGUAAAAUGUUAUUAAAUAAUUUAACAUUAGCUGAAGUUAAACCAAAUAUUACUUAUCAUAAUUUUUGGAAUGAUUUAAUUAGUUUAUACAAAAAAAAUUAUAAUCAAACAUCUGGUCUUGCUGGUUAUAUUAUUACAAAUAUUGAAUGUGAUAAAUGGUAUGGAACAGAAACAGAAAGUCUUUUUGAUAGUAGUAGAAUAAUUAAUAAUGCCAUUCAAAAGUAUAAUGUUAUUUUUAAUAUUAUACAAAUAAUGAAUCAAGAAGCAAAUCGAAAAUGUGAUUUUACGAGUAUUUUAAAAGAAUCAUCUAGUAAUUUAAAUAUUAUGACUGUAGAUAAUAAAAAUUUACAUCUUGUUAAUGCAUCUUUAUAUGGAAUAUGUUAUGAAGGAUAUAAUGAAUUUAAAUUAGAUAAUUGGCCAAAAAAAAUUAUAUGUUCUUCAAAUGAAAAUGAUUUUAAAAAUUGUAAAAAUUGGACAUACUCUUUUUAUAUUGCAUUAUCACCAGACACGUCAGAUGAUGAUGUAGAAAAAACAAAACUUUUUGUAAAUAAACUUAUAAAAACAUGUGAUAUUUCUGGUUCACAUGUUUAUUUAUGGACAUCAGAAACUUCAAAUAAAGGUAUUCCAUGUGAUCCUUCUUUAGGAAAUAAUUGUGAAGAAGCAAUUUCUGGAUUAUGUUUAUAUGAUAUGAUUUAUUCAAGAAAAAGUCCCCGUCAACUUGAUAUUAAAUCUAUGAAAGUUGCCCGUUGGUCAAUGAAUAAUCCUAUAGGAGAAGGAGUAGCAUUAUUUGUUAUAUCAAAUCUUAAAGAAAAUGAAUUUUAUGAAACACCACUUAGUCAAACAUUUUUAGAUAAUUCAUGGUACCAGGGAUAUUUUUAUUAUACAAAUCAUGUUGUGGCUCGAAUUUUUGAUAUUGGAAAAGUAUUAGAAAAAAGAAACAAUAAUAAGACACUUAUAACAAUAAAAAAUGCUUCAAAUUUAUAUUUUGAUAUUGUUAGUGUUAAUAAUUUUGAUGAAUUAUUGGAGAAAUCAAACAUGACAGUUUGUAAAGCUAAAUUAAUAAAAAAUAAUUCAUCAUUAUCAAUUAAUAUGUACUCAAACAUUUAUCUUAUUAUGGUUUUAUUAAAUCAUUUUAAACUAUAUUUUUUAUUUAUAUAUUUUAAUUUAUUUUUUGUAUUAUCUUUAUCUGAAAAUCAACCUAAUUCAGAAGGAAAAGUUUUAAAAUUAAAUGAUAAUGGUGAAUCAUUGAAUGAUUUUAAUUAUGUAACUACCUCACAAAAUGAUUUAUCUAAAAUUAAAUCAACAAAUAAUUACAAGCCAACAGAAUCUUCAAAAAAAAAUCAAAAAAAAAAUCAAGAAAAAAUGAAGAGGACAAAAAUAGUUAAUAAAAGAAAACCACCAUUAUUAAAACGUACAACAAAAUUAUCUAACAAAAAAAAAUCAACUAUUAAAAAAAAUAAAUUUACUAAACCUUAUACAAGAAGAACAACUAUUAAACCAAAAAAACCUAUAAAAACAGGUACUACACAAAAAAAAAUUAUGCCAAUAUCUAAAACUACUAAAAAAAAAACAAUUUCUGUAACAACUAAACCAACUACAAAAUCAAAAGUAACAAAAACUGAACCACUACCAACAACAACUGAUAAAACUAACGAUGAAAAUGUUAAUUAUGAUAAUUAUGAUAAUUAUGAAGAAGAAACAGAUGAACCUCCAGAAGAAUAUCUUUAUUACUACGAGACAUAUGCACCUUGA